AUGUUGAGUUCAGUCGACCCAUCCCUGGCCUCCGCUAUAAUAAAUAGCUAUUUCUCUGAAAAUGGUAUUGAAUUUUCCUUCGGAAGGGUUCCCAUCUCUGGUGCCGACUAUUCCCUGCGUCCCUAUACUUACGAUGACAUACCAUACAUAAAACAAGCACAGAGUGUCUGUCCGCAUACACUUAAGCUGAUUGGCAGUAACUGGAGUCCACCCGUUUGGAUGAAACGAAUUGAAGAGUUUGUAGCUUUCAGUGAACUUAAAGGUGAAGUGGGCGGACAGUACUAUCAAAUUUUGGCCAAUUAUUAUGUAAAAUUUCUUAAGGCAUACCAAAAGAAUGGUAUAACGUUUUGGGGACUGACCACUGAAAAUGAACCGGUUCAAGAUCAUCACGGUAAUAAUUUAAAAAUGACCCCUGAG